AAAAACUCUAAUAAUUCUACCAAUUCUACAAAUAAACACCAACACAGCCAAAUUAAGCAAAGCGGUACCAGACCAACCACCAAAACAACAACAACAAACCCAUCAAUUUACUUUUAAAAUUUUCUAAAAGGGGGCGGGCCACGUGAAAUGUUGCCAUUUACACCACAAGUCGUUAAACGUUUAUUGGCAUUAAAAAAGUGUAACGAAGACAGUGUUGAAGGCAAGUGGUCGGAGAAGGCCGUCAAGAAUUUAGCUAAGAAAAUCAAAAAGAAUUCAUCAUUGGAAGAAUUAGAACGGGCUAUAUCCACACAGAAUCCCAAUACCCGGUGUGUAACGGUGCCGCGCAGCAAACCCACUGCAUCGGGUGAAAACCUACGCAAGGGUUUGCCGCAUGUCAUCUAUUGCCGUUUGUGGCGUUGGCCCGAUUUGCAGUCGCAAAACGAACUAAAGGCAUUGGAUCACUGUGAAUAUGCUUUUCAUAUGCGCAAAGAUGAGAUUUGCAUAAAUCCCUAUCAUUACAAGAAAUUGGAAUUGUCGAUAUUGGUGCCGAAAUCAUUGCCCACACCGCCGGACAGUAUAGUCGACUAUCCGUUGGAUAAUCAUACACAUCAGAUACCAAAUAAUACCGAAUAUAAUGCGGCCACCAUACGCAGUGCUUCAUUGAGUCCACCGCAGUAUAUGGAAAUUGGUGGUGGCAGUGGCAGUCAAUUACAGCAGCAGCAACAACAAUAUCAACAACAUUCACCCUCUUCAUUCUUUAGUGGUAAUAACAUGAGUGCUAACGCUCCCCAGCAGCAGCAGCAACAACAACAACAGCAGCAGCAACAAAUGACCACAAAUAAUCUACCACCCGGAGCCUGCAAUAUGGACUCCCAAUCAAGUGUUCUCAGUGUGGGAAGCAAUAGCAUGCCCAAUACUGGCACCCCACCACCCGGCUACAUGAGCGAAGAUGGCGAUCCGGUGGAUCCCAAUGACAACAUGAACAUGUCUCGCCUGACACCGCCUACCGACUCAGCGCCCGUUAUGUAUCAUGAACCAGCCUUUUGGUGUUCCAUAUCUUAUUACGAGCUAAAUACCCGGGUGGGUGAAACUUUUCAUGCCUCCCAGCCCUCCAUAACGGUUGACGGUUUCACCGAUCCCUCCAACUCGGAGCGAUUCUGCUUGGGUCUACUCUCCAAUGUCAAUCGCAACGAUGUGGUCGAACAGACACGACGUCACAUUGGCAAGGGCGUGCGCCUCUACUAUAUAGGCGGCGAGGUGUUUGCCGAAUGUCUUAGCGACUCCUCCAUCUUUGUGCAAUCGCCCAAUUGCAAUCAACGCUACGGCUGGCAUCCGGCCACCGUGUGUAAAAUACCGCCCGGUUGUAAUUUGAAAAUCUUUAACAAUCAGGAAUUUGCCGCUCUGCUCUCACAAUCGGUUUCACAAGGUUUCGAGGCCGUCUAUCAGUUGACGCGCAUGUGCACCAUACGCAUGUCGUUUGUCAAGGGCUGGGGUGCGGAAUAUCGCCGCCAAACGGUCACCUCAACACCCUGCUGGAUUGAAUUGCAUUUGAAUGGUCCUUUACAAUGGUUGGAUCGUGUUCUCACACAAAUGGGUUCUCCACGUUUGCCCUGUAGUUCCAUGUCUUAAAAAAAAAAUGUGGGCUACUUCUACAAACAAAAGAAUUGAAAGAAAACUCUUAAAAGAUAAUAGAGAUUUUUCUUCAUUUUGUUUAAUAUAGUUUAAGCCUAACUAAGUAAAUUAGUUUUCUUUUCGAGUUUUAAGUGUGUUGUUCUUUAUUUUAUUUUAAUUUAAUUUUUUUUUUCAA